CCUGAGCUGACAUAAAGGUUAGCCUACCCAGCAUGCCCCGCUUGCCCGUGACCAGUUAUUCAAAACAUGGAGGAAAGGGAAAGAAAAAAAAUAAACACCACUGAAUAUGAUGACAGGGAAGAAGCAUCGACAUCAAAUCCAACUACACAACCUACACGUAAAGAUGAGUCGCAUUUGCGUGGCAAAACGGAAGAGGAGGACAGUGUCAAAUUGGACAUUUGUUCCGAUACUUUUGACCCAUUGCUGGCCCUAUACUCUCCAACAGUAACUCUUCCGUUCCCAAACAUAAAGUGUUUCAACAAUGUCUCCGCAUACGAAAGCUUUCUGAAAGGUGGCAGAGGGAGGGCCAAGCCCGAGAAUGUUGAGAAAAAGCUGCGGAAGGCGAUGGAAGGGGUGGUGGAUCCUGAGCGCAUCAAGAGGCUGAAGGACCUCAUGGUGUGUAACGUGCCGAAAGUAGGGGAGACCAGUGCCCCUCCACGGCGGAAACAGAAGACCCACAAAAAUGUUGUCUCAAGGAUGCAACUUAACAAGGGGAGCCCAUUGGGUGAGCUGUACCGCUGUGUCGAAGAGAGGAUACGUGUCAAAGUUCACAUCAGGAGCUUCAAGGGGCUCCGUGGAUUGUGUUCUGGCUUUGUGGUAGCCUUUGACAAGUUCUGGAACCUGGCGAUGGUGGACGUAGACGAGACGUACAGAGACCCACUACUUGGAGAAGCCUUGUAUCACGAAAAAGCACUGACAAUUACACGGCUCUUUGAGAAGCUCAAACUCCAGGAGAGCUCAGAGGAGACGUCGAGAAAAGGUAAAGGCCAGGGGAAGAGCGUUCAACCCCCCCAACCUGGCCCCGGCGGCGGGUGCAGCACGGACCAGCAGCGGCUAUCAAGGCGCACCAGCCGGUUCUCAGAGGCGAAGCCUGGAGCCACGGAGGCAAAGGCCGGUGGUGCUGGGGGCACCAAGGCUCAGGGGAAGGCCCCCCAUCCUUACGGCAAGGUCCACACGCGCCACAUCAACCAGCUGUUUAUACGAGGGGAGAACGUGCUCCUCAUCAACCUCCAGCCCCUCUGAUAUGCCUACCCCCCCUGGGGUUACAGAGCACUGCUGCGGGCUAUUGCAUGAACUGUUCACAUGCGACCUGUAACCGCAGGGUGCAUGGUCUGACAUGAGGGUCUCGAGGGUUCGGGAAAAUAAAGGAAUGCCCUACAGACUUGUAAUAUCAUAUUGAUAUAAAUUGCUCUGUUGCCCAGGAAGAUAAUUUUGAAACAGUAAUAAAUUCAGGAUGCUUCUCAUAGCCAUAUCGUGGGUUGUUGUUUGAUUGCCAUCAUAUAGGAGACAUGUGUAUCUAAAAGGGUUUCUAAAUCGUGUAAUGUUUUUUCACCGGCAGGUGGCAGUGUAAACACAGAAGCCAUGUGUGAGGCCAUUGUCAUCCCAAAAGAUGCUUGUCCCUUUAUGUUGUCUUUCUCCGCUAGUUUGAACAGGAAUGACAGCGCAGUCUCAGCGGACUUCAUAAAUGCAUUAUGAAUAAUUGAGUUUGUGAAGCUAGAGAUUGCAGAUGGCACUCAGAAGCUGUCAUUUGUCUUGACGUCUCAGAUUGCCUUUACUCUUUAAUGGGCACAUUAACCAUAAAAGCAGGAUUUACUGCAACUCAUGGAAGUUGUAAAGAUGCAGCUCUUGUUUAAACGCCAUGGGCUGCUUUUGGAAGAUGAGUUAUGAGUCAGAAUGGUGUGUCUGUAUACAUCCCCGUUGUCUAUACUGCACCACAUGAAUUCGAUCACAUUUAUCAUGUAAUGUAUAAUUGUGCUGAUAAAUUGAUUGAAAUCAGUAUUUAUUUUUAUCUAUGUGGAUCUUUGGAGAGUGUACAUGAUAUAUGCUGGACAAAUGGAAUUCAGUCUCCAGGAUAAAGAGCGAUACCCAUGCAUAACAUCCAUUAAUUUAAGCCAUCCAUUCAUGAAUGUCUUAUGUAGGUUAUAGCUAUUGCAUUGGUUGGUGACCAUGCAAAGCAACCAGGCUGUUACGCGUCACAGUCAAGGACACCUUGGUGCCACUUGAAACAGGAGGUGGCUUCAACAAUAAAAAACAACCUCCUUGGAUCCAACAAUGAACAGUCCAGCUGCUCCACUACAUGCUCUACCUGCUGUGUUGUCCAUCCAUCUAGCUAUGCAAUCACCACAAAUCUUGUUAAACAAUACAAACCAAAGACAGCACAUUAAAACUUCACACAUUUGAUUUGUAAAGUGUCAAUUCAAUGGUUUUAUAUAGUUAUAUUUGUAGAUAACUAAUGAAGGAGAGAAAACAAAUAACACAGGCCAUUGGCAAAUGUCAAUCAACUGUUUAAUGUCGUUGAUAUAGGAUCAUGUGUAAAUCAAAAUCUGGGAAAAAAAAAUGCAAAUGCUCUUUUUAUCAAAAGGACAGUUCAGGGUGAACCUCUUGCAUAAAGUAGUGUUUUCAGUAACUAUCCUAAUACACAGAAAAUCUCCAAACGAAUCGAAGUAGAAAACAAUUCAAAUAAACUUGAUUUAAGAUGUUGAAAAAAAAAAAGAACUUGAUUUUGGUCAUUGUUUUUUUCUUGUUUUUAAUCAGGCAAAUCCUUCAGACGGCUACAAUGCUCACUGUGUAGAAUGGUCAAGGCUCAGAGUGCAGUCUCCGGGGUCCUUUAGACCAUACCACCUUUCCCCCUCUUGGUCAGUGAAUUAUUUAUCUCGUCAUUGGAUGUACCAGUAAUGUCACUCUGCUCACGUCGUCUUGUACCAAUCAUUCAGCUUCAAAAAUCAUUUCUAUUGCUCGUCAACAGAAGAGGAAGGGGUCGGAAGACAACACAACACAACCAGGCACUUAAAAGAAAAACCUUGAAGAAAAGAGUGAAGCUUUGACUCUUGAACCCGUAGGACGUUAAGGGACGAGUCUCAAGCCGUUGCAGUGGCUGCAGGUCCAGGAUCCCUCAGUGUCUGAGUGUGAACACCCCCCCCAUUUGACUCAAACAGCAAAACACUGUGCCAACAAAUCUGUAUCUGUGAUGAAAAAAAACAAGAGCAUCCUCCUUCCACCUUGCGGAUUCAGAAGCAGACGGUAACAAGCAUUGAACUCGGAAUGAUGAACGUCUACGGGGACGUCUCUACAAGUGACAGCGCCUUGGCGAUUCCUGUUUGUUUGUAUUGUGCGUGUUCUUUAGUACGGAGGUUAUAAGCGCUAACCUUAUAAGAAUGAUGGUGAACGUUAAACGCACAAUUUUAAAAAAAGGGGAACAGCCAAACUUCAUCGACCUCCCGGGACACACAGAGUUA